ACGCGUUAAAGGGAAUGAGGACUCUAUGCACAGAGCACCUGGCACUAGCAAAGGACAUUCAACUAGACGCGAAUCAAUUUUCUAACAAGACGACCAUUGAUGUAACUUUCUACAGGUAAAUAUAAUAUAUAUUUUAAACGGUUUAGAGCUUUACAGUUGUACUUAUAACCUGUUUUGAAAAUCGACGCAGAACCAUUAUACCACAGGAGAUGUCUAACGUUAUUGGAAUGCCUUGUAUUGCUAGUAUUCUGUGUCCCAUAAAUGUUUCAAUCUCACACCCGAAUCUCUUUCACCAAUUAAAAUAGUAUUCACUACUUUUAGCUCGCCAAACAUUGGCGACAGCAAUGCGUCAACCUCCCAUUCAGCGUGGUUAUUACAUUUUUUGCGCGCCAUCCGGAAAUUAAAGCUUCAAACGACAAGCAAAAAUUAUAUAUAUAAGAGAUAGUAUUGAUUUUCCGUAGUUUCUGAUUGAUGCAGUUGCAAGAAAGUAAACCUGUGGGAGAGCUAGCGAACUUGAAUUCGCCAAAGCAACUGGUCAUCGUAUACUGUCAAACAAAUUAAAAUGAAUCAAUGUCAUGUGCAAAUACAAUCAAGUAAUCUUAUUAUUUUAUAACUAGAAAAUAACACCCGAUAUUAUCGAGAUAAUAAUGGCAGGCACUAUGCAAUAAUUUCCACCUGCUAUUGUGGAAACUUAUUACAAUUCUGUUGUUGUGUUUUUUUAAAGAAGAAUCUGUAAAAUAAUGUUUACGUUUCUAACAUCAUUAAAAGUUUUUAAAAAUAUGUUUCUGCUAUAUAUAUUAUACGCCAACCAUACCUUUUUUUUCAGGCCCUUAAGCUAUUUUUUUUCCUCUCUAAACACGACUUUAAAUUACCAAAUCUAAAUGAUCAAUAAUUAAAUCGUUAUUGUCACUAAAUGAAAUCAUCGACGCCUGAUUCCUACGCUAGAGAAAACUUCAAAUGUCUUGUGUUUUUAAAUGAUUCGAUGCUGGGCCUGGCCUGCCACAUUUUCUUUCCCUAAGCUAAAUUCUGUUCCCCCAAAAAUUGUGAAAAUUUAAAUCUUAAUUUAAAACAAAAACUGUAAACUGUAAAUAGCAUUUUAAAUAUAUUUUAUAUUGAAGGCAUCUGAUAUACAGACACUUCAUUUAUAAUAUUGCCAAACUUUUCAUUUGUUUUCUACUAUGUAUUCGGAAAAUCGUCAAAAAAAUAAUAUUUUAUGUAAAGUAGAAUCUCUAAAGCGUUUUUUCAAGUCUGUAACAGCCUUGAGUGUUUUCUUUGUAGAAAAAUUGUGUUAAUCUCAAAACAAUAAAAAGCAGAUGUACUUUUCGCCAAGUUAUAGACAAAAAAAAGUAAUAAUUUCCUUUCCUUAAAAAAAAAAUCGGCUAAUGAUAGUUGUGGAUGCCUGUCUGUUUUCAAAUCUCUUAGUCUCUAUAAUGCGUUCUCAGUCUUUAGGUAGUUCUCUCAGUCUCUAUGGAGUUCUUUCAGUCUCUCUGGAGUUCUCUCAGUCUCUAUGGAGUUCUGUCAGUCUCUAUGGAGUUCUGUCAGUCUCUAUGGAGUUCUCUCAGUUUGUGUAUUUCACUAAGUCUCCUUGUAGUUCUCUCAGUCUCUUUGUAGUUCUUUCAGUAUCUAUGUAGUUGUCUCAGUCUCUGUGUAAUUCUCUAAGUCUCUAUGGAUUUCUCUCAGUUUAUGUGGGGUUCACUAAGUCUCUAUGUAUUUUUCUCAGUAUCUGUGUAGUUAUCUCAGUCUCUGUGUAAUUCUUUAAGUCGCUAUGUAGUACUUUCAGUCUCUAUGCAGUUCUCUCUGUCUCUUUAUAGCUCUUUCAGCCACUAUGUAGUUCUCUAAGUCUCUGUGUAGUUCUCAAAGCCUCUGUGUAGCUCUCUCAGUUUCUAUGUAGUUCUCUCUGUCUCCUCUAGGAAGUGAAAUUAUAAACAUUGACGACUCAUUUGUCGAAAUUGUCCUCUAUCUCCAGUGAAAACUUCCUCUUUCUCAACAUCUUCUUCCCGGAAAUCAGCUACACGAUAACAGAGCAACAAGUGGCUUAUGACAUUUUAGACUUAAUUGGUGAGUUGAAAAAAACAAAUUUUAGGGGGUAUAAAGUUAAAUAUUAUGAAAGAUGUGUCUUCUAACAUUAUGUAAAAAAAUAAAACGUUUCUUCUGUUUAAAUAUUUAAUGAUUUUGCAAACAAAGCAAAAAAAGGCUUUUGUUUAUUUUUAAUAUUGCACAUCCACAUGUUUUAUAUAGAUAUAUACAUUUUUUUUAAAGGUACAUAAAGAUAGUAUUUACAUAAUGUUGUCAUGCAAAUCAUAGGCCACCGUGUAUUUAGAGGUGGCCAAAAACUGCAGUACUGUUUAAAGUACUGAAACGACGCGCAACGUGAUGAGUCAACAUUGAACAGCUCUUGUCACCAUGUUCCCAGAAGUGAAAUGUAUAUGAAGGCAAUUGUUCUUGUCUCUUUACGAAAAAAAAUAAUACUAUUAAUGGUUAAGGAUGAUUUGUUUUCUUAACACGUUCAGUUAUUAAGUGAGCGGAUAGGGCGACCACGUUAGGAAUAAGUUGGCAAGAACAAUUCCAGAGAAAAUAUUUAGAUAAACUAAUGCUAAGUUUUGAUUACGUUUUCCGCCUGCAACAACUGCACCCCCCCCCCCCCCUCCCACCGCCCCCACCCCCGAGGAAAGACAAGUGCACCCCUUCCCGAAAAAAAAUAUGUCCAACAAUAAAUCACCUGGCACUGCCCCCCCCCCAAAAAAAAAUUUAAGUGCCCCCCCCCCCGUGUGGGGGCGUGUGGGGGGGGAUUGCUGAAAUAAUCACAGUCACCAUGCACAGAUGACAAAAUAGUUUUAGCAGUGUUAUUUUGGCCACAUACUAAUACUACAUUUUCGUUGAAAGUGUCAUUUUGAUAACGCGUCAUGUACUUAGGACGCUGUUUAUACAACCGCCAUUAAUUCAGACAUGUCAAUGCAUCAUCCAUCCAUGCAUAGCACGCUACGGCCCAUGCAGGUCUGCGUCCUGCCCCACUACUUCCUUCCACUUAGACCUAAUUAAAAUGCUGUUUCUUUUUCCAUGCUUUUUCAAAACAACUAUUUAUUACAAUUUGUAAAUAUCAGCCUGAGUAAGCUAUAUUGUGUGGCGCCUGGGGUGGGGGGGGGGAGGCGUGGGGGAUCAUCAUUGACAUUACUACCCNCUUCCUUCCACUUAGACCUAAUUAAAAUGCUGUUUCUUUUUCCAUGCUUUUUCAAAACAACUAUUUAUUACAAUUUGUAAAUAUCAGCCUGAGUAAGCUAUAUUGUGUGGCGCCUGGGGUGGGGGGGGGGAGGCGCGGGGGAUCAUCAUUGACAUUACUACCCCUAACUCAUAAAAAGAAAAAAAAAUACACAUAUAAUACACAUCAAGUAAAUGAUGUAAAUAGACUACCUCAAAUUAAGUAACUUUAUGACGUCCAUUUCAGGCGAUAUUGGAGGCUCCAUGGGACUAUUAAUAGGUGGCAGCAUCGUGUCUCUG